AUGUCAACAGCAGUAGAGAAAAUCAAGGCCAUCGAAGAUGAGAUGGCCAAAACUCAAAAAAAUAAAGCGACGGCUUUCCAUUUAGGCCAACUGAAAGCCAAACUAGCCAAACUAAAACGAGAACUGCUAACGCCUUCGUCGAGUGGUGGUGGUGGCCCUGGUGUCGGAUUCGAUGUGGCUAGGACAGGUGUGGCUAGUGUAGGAUUUGUUGGGUUUCCUUCCGUAGGAAAGUCUUCAUUGAUGUCUGGUUUAACGGGCACACAAUCUGCUGUUGCUGCCUAUGAAUUCACAACUGUUGUCAGUAUUAUCGAGGGUGCCAAAGACGGAAAAGGACGUGGUAGACAAGUCAUUGCUGUUGCCCGGUCGUGUAAUCUUUUAUUCAUUGUUCUGGACGUACUGAAACCACUGGAUGACAAGCGGAUUAUUGAAAACGAAUUAGAAGGUUUUGGAAUUCGUCUGAAUAAGAAACCGCCCAACAUAAUCAUUAAAAAGAAGGAUAAGGGUGGGAUCUCGAUCUCAAACACCGUUCCACUUACCAAACUCGAACCUGAAGAGAUUAAGGCUGUGUUGGCCGAAUACCGAAUGAGCAAUUGUGACGUCGCCUUUCGAUGUGAUGCUACGCUGGAUGAGCUGAUUGAUGUGAUAGAAGGAAAUCGAGUCUAUAUGCCCUGUCUAUACGUAUUAAACAAGAUCGAUGCUAUUUCAAUUGAGGAGCUGGAUUUGCUGUAUCGAAUUCCAAACAGUGUACCAAUUUCAGUCAAGGAGUGGUUAAAUAUUGAUGAAUUGAUCGACGCUCUUUGGUACAAACUGGACCUCGUUCGAGUGUACACGAAACCUCGUGGAAGGCAGCCUGAUUAUUCUCAGCCCGUCGUGCUCAAGACAGCUAAAUGUACAGUCGAGGAUUUCUGUAACGCUAUCCACAAGGAAAUCGCCAAGCAGAUGAAAUAG